GUUAUAUUGAUGCUGGCUUUGUUGAUGUCAAGUAACAUCAGUUAGUGUCUACUUCUUCAAAACAAUUAUCAGGGCAUAAGUAAUUGUACAUAAUAAUUAAUACAAAAUAAUUUAAAAAUGACGAGGCAUGCUAGGAAUUGUACUGCUGGAGCAGUUUAUACCUAUCAUGAGAAGAAAAAGGAUGCAGCAGCAUCUGGAUACGGCACAAAUAGUCAAAGAGUUGGAAAAGAUUCUUUGAGAGAUUUCGAUUGUUGUUGUUUAUCUUUGCAGCCUUGUAGAAAUCCUGUGAUAACAAAGGAUGGAUAUCUUUUUGACAAAGAAGCCAUACUUGAAUACAUUUUAACGAAAAAAAAAGAAUAUACAAGAAAACUUAAGGAAUAUGAAAAACAGAAAAAAAAGCAAGAGGAAAAAUUUCAAGAACUAACUGCAAAUGAAGAAUUGGAAAAGUUACAAAAUUUUUUAAAAGGGGAAAAAACUAUUGUAUUUAAAAAAAAUAAAUCUAGCGACGAAGCUAAAUCUUCGGUGUCUAACAUGUGUAAUGGUCGAGACAAAGACCUUCCAAGUUUUUGGAUACCAUCGAAAACACCAGAGGCAAAGGAAGUGACUCUUCAGAAACCAGAUAAAAAUAUUUAUUGCCCAAUUAGUGGAAAUAUUCUUAAAUUAAAAGAUCUUCUUCCAAUUAAAUUUACUGAAAUUAAAGAUCCAGAUGAUAAAAAAUCAUUGAUUAUUAAACAGGCUCGAUAUAUGUGCCCAAUAACUCAUGAUGUGUUAAGCAAUAGUAUUCCCUGUGCAGCUAUAAGAACUACAGGUGACAUAAUAACAAUGGAAUGCGUAGAAAAAAUUAUAAAAAAGGAUUGGAUCAAUCCUUUGGAUAGCACAAAAUUAACAGAAAAUGAUAUUAUUCCAUUACAAAGGGGAGGUACAGGUUAUUCAGCAGCAAAUAAUGACUUAGAAGGAAAGCAUGAAAGGCCUGUUUUACAAGCUUAAGUAUCAUCAUAUAUUACAAUAUCUUAUAAUUUGUAUUUUGAGUUGAAGGAUAAUUUCUCUAGAAACACAUUUAAUAAUUAUAGUAUAUAAUAAAUAUAUUAAACUAGAAUAUCAUCACCAAGAACAUUAGCAUUAACAAUAACCUAACACACAAACAUACCCACACACUCAGUU